AUGGUCGUCUACUACGAGAUCGCCGGCAAGAAGAUCGGCUCCCACGUCCUCUCCAUGGCCACUUUGGGAACGAUUUUCACUGGUUCUUUCCUCGCCACCCGCGGUGGUGGUGCUCAGAAGAAGGAGCAGGGUCCCCCGAUCAACGCCAGCUCCAAGGAGGAGGGUGACUUCAUCACAGAGUUCCUCAAGACCGCGGACUCGGGUGACAAGAAAGCCCAGCACUAG